CCAUCGGCUGGGUCUGGGAAUCUGAAUCUGGUGUUGGUGUCAGUAGGUUUUUGAACGCCGCUGAGAGCAGCUGCACAUUUUCGAGAUACGGAUACGGUUAGCUACGUUGCAGCAGCACACCAACCAUCAACAUGGCGGUCUUUGGCAUGGUCUCGGCUGUGUCCGGCUUCAUCAAGAUACGCUAUCUGCUGGACAAGGCGGUCAUCGACAACAUGGUCUUUCGCUGUCACUACAGGAUCACGACAGCCAUUUUAUUCACCUGUUGCAUUAUUGUCACCGCAAACAAUCUGAUCGGCGAUCCCAUAAGUUGCAUCAACGAUGGCUCCAUACCGAUGCACGUGAUCAACACCUUCUGCUGGAUCACCUAUACGUUUACGAUACCUGGCCAACAGCAUCGGCAAAUUGGAACGGACGUGGCUUCUCCAGGUUUAGGCAAUGAAUAUGGCCAAGAGAAGCGCUAUCACAGCUACUAUCAAUGGGUGCCAUUCGUGCUAUUCUUCCAGGGUCUCAUGUUCUACGUGCCCCACUGGAUUUGGAAGAACAUGGAAGACAACAAGAUCCGCAUGAUCACCGAUGGACUGCGUGGCAUGGUCAGUGUGCCGGAUGACUAUAGGCGGGAUCGUCAGGACAGGAUUCUCAAGUACUUCGUUAGCAGCUUGAACACGCACAACGGCUACUCGUUUGCCUACUUCUUCUGCGAACUGCUGAACUUCAUCAAUGUGAUCGUAAAUAUCUUUAUGGUGGAUAAGUUUUUGGGCGGUGCUUUUAUGUCCUACGGUACGGAUGUGGUGAAGUUCUCUAACAUGGAUCAGGACAAGCGCUUCGAUCCCAUGAUUGAGAUCUUCCCACGACUAACUAAAUGUACUUUCCACAAAUUCGGUCCCAGUGGAUCGGUUCAGAAGCAUGACACCCUCUGUGUGCUAGCAUUGAAUAUCCUUAACGAGAAGAUCUACAUCUUCCUGUGGUUCUGGUUUAUUAUCUUGGCCAUCAUCUCUGGCGUGGCUGUGCUGUAUUCACUGGUGGUUAUCAUGAUGCCCACCACCCGGGAGACCAUCAUCAAGCGUUCUUAUCGCUCAGGACAACGCAAGGAAAUCGCCGGACUGGUCAGGCGUUUGGAGAUUGGUGACUUCCUGAUCUUGCACUUCCUUAGCCAGAAUCUCAGCACAAGAUCGUACAGCGACAUGCUGCAGCAGCUUUGCGGCCUGCUCGGAGCAUCCCGAACCCCUUCGGCCCCAUCGACCCUGGAAAUGAAUCCCAUCAGCCAUCCGAUAUAUCCGCCCGUGGAGAGCUUCGGCGGUGGCAAGGAGACGGAGACAUGAGCCCAUUCCUCCGGAUUGGCUUCCAAAACAAUGAUUUCAAUGAUUUCUCAAUAAUAUUUGUAGGGGGAUAGAGGAGGAGAUAGAGAGAGUUGUGUGUCAUGAGGUUAGGCAUUUCCAUUUCUACCACUAAGACUGCAAGAGAACGAAUCAACAAUUGCACUUUCGGAGAUCCAACUCAGUAAUAUUCAAUGCGAAAUAUAUUUAGCAAAAUUAUAAGGAAAUAAUCUUUGAAUUCGGUCCUAGGCAAGCGAAAGACAGGGUGCAGUUCGUCAUUGACACGAGGUGAACCACAGAGUGAGACAUUGAGGGAAAUACAUUAAUUAAAAAAGAAAGACAAAUAAUUAACAAAAAAAAAAAAGCAAGAGAGGGACACAGGCAGAACCGUGCAAUUUGUAGGUUGAAGAUUGAACGACGAGGUGGACGACAAGGAUAUCCCAUCAGACGACAAUGAUGCGCCAUUUAAAAUAUACAAUUAAGUUUAACAGUUAGCUCUCGAUUAGUGGAUAGCUUAGAUCGAUGAUCGAUUCUAUACUGAAAAAUAAAUAUGCAGCUAUAUAUCUGCUUAUCGCUCACGCACGCUCACGAAACGUUGAUCUAUAUAAAAUUGUAGUACGAGUACGAGAAGGAAUAUAAUUAUGAAUAUUUAAACGAGUAUACACGAUGCUCUCGCUAUUUUUGUCCUAACAUUUAGUCUACAGAUAUGUAUCGUAAUUUUAAGAAAUUUUGUUUAUAACAAAAUUAUUGUGAUUAUUGCUAGAAAAGAACACAUUUUACAUAAAGCAAAAGAGAACCCAAGCUAUCUAAGUUCAAAGUUGUAAUAAAUAUUCUAUAUACAAUUUCAGCUAAA